AUGCUCACACAAGGGCGGAGAGCACAGAAGCCCACAAGCACACACACACACACGCACGCGCAAACACACAACAAGCGUGCGAAGAGAGGUGAUGAAUGCUCGGUAUCAAUGCCUGCUAGACGUCCUGUAAAAAUGACGCCACGCGUGCGCCAAUGGCGGCGCCAACGACGGAGCUCACGCCGCACGUCGGGGAUGGCACGACACUGGCGUCGGCGACGUGCACGCCCGUCACGCCCCUCACCCGCAGAGCGUUGUCAACGACGCUGCCGAGCGCACACGUGCCGUAGAGGUCGCCGGUGCUCUCCACGUGCUGUGCGAGGAAGGCGGCGGUGUCACGCUGCGUCUGCAGCCCGCGUGGCGGGUGCCGCACGUGCACGCCAAG